CUUAUCCAUUUCAUCAGCUACGCGCUCUCCGUGAAGGCAGAUGUCUACGCUCGACAUGAAAGCAGAGUAAUUCCAGAGCGGUCGAUACUCCGUUGGCUCGUGGUUUACACGAACGACAGAGUCCGUUUCAGGUUGUAUUCAACAACAGUAGAAAGCACGGCCGUCAGUUGAUUCGUUUUGUGAUAUCCUCGAAGGGAAAGGGUAGUCUGGCUCAUGGGUCCUCUGAAGUUCCAGUUUUCUUCGCCUCCAAUGGAAGUUGAUAACGAAAACCCAUCUGCAAUCAGGAGGUUGCUUGCCAACAAAGCACUCAUUGCAGACUUGAACAGAAAGAGAAAAUUACAGGCUGAGCAAUUGGGGUUGCCUGCAUCAAAGCAUCAAUGGGGGAAUCGGAACUUAUUGUCCAGAUCUCAUUCUACAUUUAAUGGAAACCUGGAAGCAGAGGAGUCCAGUUCAUGUACUAGUAGUAAAGUUAAAGCUGAGAGAGGAGCUAUUGAUGAUGGAUCAGAAACUGACUCAGCAAAAGAUAGCAAUAGCUUUGGUGGAGAUUAUGAUUCUGUGAUGUCUAUGGAUGCUAAAGCUAAAUUUAAUUCAGAAAAUGUGAAAUUCUCUCGAUACAAUGGGGCUUCUUCCUCCUCUUCUGGUUGGGGACCCGGUUCCCUUGAUUCCAGUCAUUCUUUGGAUGGCAGGACAGGAAUUGCAAGGGGCAGUGAAGACCAUGAAAUGUCUUCUGCUGCACUUGGGGAGCUUGAACUUGCUAAUCAUGAUGAUUAUCUAAGUGCAGCUGAGAAUCUUGGUGACGCUCUUGUAGAAUAUGAAAGCCAUAUUGAUUACAUAUACUCAAGAUACGGAAAUUAUGUCAUGGAGCAAUAUUCAGAUAAGGAAAUUGAGGAAAUACCACACACCAGUGAUGCAAAUGCGAAUGUUUAUGUCCUUUCAUCUGGUCGUUGGAACGUUAACCAAGAGGCUCGACAAACUACCAGGAAACCGACCAUUGAUCAAGAAUUCGAGCAGUACUUUUCCUCACUUAUGCUGUAGAGAAGACUCAGAGGGGCGCUCAACUCAAUAUGAACAUGUUAGAAAUUAUUUGUUGUGGCUUUCUUGCCCUCGUAUUGAUUCUGAUUUAGGCUUCGUUUGUGAUUGUUGUCCAAUGCAAUGGGUAGGUUUUUCUCAUUUUUACUCUCUAAAAAUGAGAAAAAUGGAAAUAAGGAUAUCCUCGCCAAUAUAAAUGCUAGGACUUUCUAUGAUAUUGUUCAAAACUUGAAAUACCCCUAAUGAAUGAUAAAUCUUUUU